UUCUCACUGCGCUCUGUUUGCCACUCAGCACAACAAAGUGAGAGCAGUGUUGGGGGCACGCCUGCACAGGCAAAUGCCUCUGCACAAAAGCAGGAAGAAGAGAUCACACACAACUUUGACCUCAUGAGUUGCAACAGGUUUUGACAGACUGGAAGUAGAUGGCAUUCCUGAGGAGGAUUAUCUGACUACACUGCAGUUCUGAGCAGAAACGCUGCCUCAUAUUGUCGCUACUUUAACACCGACUGAAAGUCUGACAGCUGAAGAGAAAUGGAGUGUCAGUGUGACAAGGACACCCCUGAGGAUGCAGGCUGGUGGAUGAACGCCAACAGCGUCCAGAUGGGAGCUUUUACCGUAGUGGGGUAUCUUCUCUACAGAUUCUCACAGACACUCCCAGCUCUGAUCCGAUGGCCCAUUCGUCUGUUCUGCUCUGUAACGGGUCUGUCAGCUCUUUGGGGCUGGGUGAGCCGCCUGGUGGGAACUCUUCGUGUAAUCAAGAGCCUGUGCAAAUGGCUGUCUCGAGUUUGGAAGUUUUUUGCAGCGUCUUCCUCCAAGUUCAAGUGGCUGGUUGCUGUCAUCACAGGGUCAUCCACAGAUGGAGCACUGGAGUCAGGGACCAACAAACCAGGCCUGAGACUGAUCCUCCUGGGGCCCACAGGUGGAGGACGGACCUCUCUUGCAGAUACUUUGGUGGGCAACAGUGAGACAAGGGCACCCAUGGGUCCCUUGAUGGAGAGCACCAAGAGAAGGAUAGUAGUGGAUGGUAGAGAAAUUGUAGUGAUCGACACUCCAGAUCUUUUGGGGCUGUCAUUGGGGAACACCAAGAGAGCCAGGGAAGCUCUGAGGAGCCUUCAGCUCUCCAGUCCUGGACCACACGCCUUCCUGCUGGUGAUCCGAGCUCCAGGCUCCAGCAUGGGGAUGGACCAGGAUGCAGCUCAGGCGGUCCGAGCCACUCUUGAGCUGUUUGGCGACGGGGUCGUGGGGCACAUCAUUCCAGUGCUCACCCAUGCAGACCGUCUGGGUCGAAAGUGUAGUGUAGAUCAGCUGCUGGAUGCAGACUCUGGGGGUCUGAAGAGGGCUCUGUCUCUAUGUGACCAGAGGCCAGAGUUGGUGGACAACAGACCAGACUGCCCCCCAGGGGCACGGGGCGUGACACGCAGGCAGCUGGUGGAACGUGUGAUGGAGAUGAAGACACUUAGGGGGCAUUUCAUCCACGAGCUGCAGAGGAGUGAGGACCGCAUGAGGGAGGAGCUGCUGGCAGACAUGGGCUCUGCACUGGCUAGAAAACUGGGACACAUGUAAAUAAGAGAGGGAGAAGGAGAGAGAGAGUGUGUGAGACAGAGUUGUUGGGGCAGUGAAAAAAUAAGGGGGCAGGACUCAUUCAAGUGUUAAACAUGCAAUUUUGACUUUAAGUGCAAGGGUGAUUCUGCGCCUGAGGUAUUUUUGUCAAUCCUGGUUUACCACUGUCCAAAUGAAUUUACUACCGCUGGACAGCUUUUGGUUUUCAACAUGCCGCAGAUGCUUUUGGUUAGUUAUUAUGCCCACACACACUUAAUUUUCCUGUUUUGAUGUGUUGUAAUUCUUCAGUGUCUGUAUAUUCUCUUGUACAGGCCUCACAUUUUCUUACUCUGCUGCGGUGCAUGGCCCACCUCUGUCUUUCAUAAUUCAUAGGAGAUAUCAAACUUUAAAGAUGAUCGUGGAAAAUAAACUGAAGCUACACUGGGACUAGACUUCAGCAGGACUGUUCAAUGUCGUCUGUGCUUUCUCCAGAGCCCUCUGAAACAGCAUUUGGACCAGGAAACAGUUACUUAAGGAACAGUUCACCCCAAAAAUCAAAAACACAUAUUUUUCCUCUUGUCUGCCUUCUCCUCAUUAUAAUGGAACUAGAUGACACUUUGCUUGUGGUGCUUAAAGUGCCAAAAAAUAUAUUUGAAAAACUCAACAUUGACAUUGCACUUUUAUAUAGCACUAUUAAUCAGUGUAACAGCUGGUGAACCAGGUAAGAGUGGACUCAAACGUACAACUCUCGAGAAAUAAUAGUCUUUACUGGUCAAAAGGUAGGUUCAGUACACAUGAGGUCUAUCGGUGAAGGCAAGCAAAUUCAAUAGGGAUGAGGUAAAGGCAGAGUCAAUCAACAGGCUAAAUCCAAAAACCAAGUAAAGGACACUGGGAAAGAAAAGGCUGGAACGCUAGACACACAAGGAGCUAGGACAAACAGGCAAUGAAAGAAAACAAGACACACUAAAUACAUUGUUGAGGGGAAGGAUAAUGAGACAUAAGUGAGGCUAAUCAUGGUUGGAAAGACAAUUAGACACAGGUGAAGUCAUUAAAGGCAGGGAAAACACACAGGGGCAGGAAGUGAGGUGAUCUGUCAUGUUGUAUUCAACUUAUCUCAUAUUUGAAAAAAAUGUCUGUAACUUUCUCUUCCCUAAUUGGCUUGUGGGAAGGUAUCAAGUAUUUACAAGGCAAAAGGCAUGAAGUCACAAGUCACUGUUAAAUUCCGAUGGAGUUGCAAGUCUUUCUUGAUUGCGUCAAGUCAAGUCUAAAGUCAGCAAAUUUGUGACUCACAUCUGACUCAGGUCCAACUCAUGUGACAAGAGUCCACACCUCUAACUGCUACCUCACCUAGCACCACUGAGCUAGCCAACGUGACAGCUCAGCCGAGGAGGACGCCAGUAAUGUUUGCAUACAGUGCAUUCACAAGCAUGAAAUGCACGAUUCCUUCUGAGCAGUGAUACAAUUGGUGGGUGUAGUUCAGUAGGAAGAAAAUAGUUCCUUGAUUAAACUGCUCACAACAAGGUCUGUGGAUUAUCUUGAGUAAUUGGGUCAUGACUUCUGGAAAGAGACAUUGCUGUUGAGUUUUUUAAAUGUGUGUUUUGGGGUUGUUGUUUUUUUUGGUGCUUUGAGCACCAUAAGCUGAGUGCUUCCAUCAUAUCGGAGAGAAGGCAGACAUCUUCACGGCUGAUAUCUCCAAAACUCUGCAACUCAUACCAAAACAUUUAGCUGAAUAAAUAGCACUACAGGUAAAAGGAAAAAAUGUACAUUUGGGCUGAACUGUCCCUUUAAUUUUUAACAUGCUCAAAUGUAAUUGCAGGUUUUAUACACUGUAUUUAUGUAGCUGUGGUCAGAAAAAAACUUCAUCAUACUGUCAACAGAUGGCAGUAAAACGAUUUAUGAUUUAUAUUUCAUCAUU